ACGCGGCGCGGCCAGUAGAAUCAAUCUGAGGUCGGCUGACUGAUUGGAACGAGACCGAUCCACCUUCACCGAAUCAGGCACCGUCCUGCAUCAUCAAACCUUUUCCCAUCCCAUCUGCCCUUCCUUUCAGCUUCCUCCUUCAUCGUCCCUUUUCCAUUUCCACCGAGGAAAAGACUCCCAGAUGGCUUGUUUGUGACACCAACGACGCGGGGAUUGAGAGAGAGAGGAUUUGGGAAGUAAGGGGAUUCGAUUUUGGUUCCUCGACGAGCGGAAGGGAGAUUUUGCUGGUGUUGCAGAUCGGAUCCGAUCGCCGGUGCAGAUUCGUUCUGCUGCUGUAGGCUCGAGGCUGGUAGAUAAGACCUGAGCGGAAGGAGGAGAAAGUGGAGAGGAGACAGUGCGGAGGGGACGGCGGAGAUGGUAAAGGAGACCGAUUACUAUGACGUGCUUGGUGUCAGCCCUUCAGCCACGGAGGCCGAGAUCAAGAAGGCCUACUACAUGAAGGCAAGGCAGGUGCAUCCUGAUAAAAACCCAAAUGAUCCUCUUGCAGCCCAAAAUUUUCAGGCUUUAGGAGAGGCAUACCAAGUGUUAAGUGAUCCCACACAACGUCAAGCUUAUGACGCAUAUGGAAAAUCAGGCAUUUCCACGGAAGCAAUUAUCGACCCUGCAGCAAUUUUCGCAAUGCUUUUUGGGAGUGAGCUAUUUGAGGACUAUAUUGGUCAGCUUGCCAUGGCAUCAAUGGCUUCACUUGAUAUUUUCACUGAAGGGGAAAAAAUCGAUGCCAAAAAGUUGCAAGAAGAAAUGAGGGCCAUUCAGAAAGAAAGAGAGGAGAAACUUGCAGACAUACUGAAAAACCGACUCCACCAGUAUGUUCAAAGAAACAUAGACGAAUUUGUUAGUCAUGCUGAAGCUGAGGUCACGAGGCUUUCUAAUGCAGCUUAUGGAGUAGAUAUGCUGAAUACUAUAGGCUACAUCUAUGUGAGACAGGCUGCAAAAGAGCUUGGAAAAAAGGCCAUGUACUUGGGUGUGCCAUUUGUUGCCGAAUGGUUUAGAAACAAAGGCCACUUCAUAAAGUCACAAGUAACUGCUGCAACAGGUGCCAUUGCACUAAUGCAGCUACAGGAAGACCUUAAAAAGCAUCUUAGUGCAGAAGGUAAUUAUACAGAGGAAGAACUUGAAGAAUAUAUGCAGAAUCAUAAAAAAGUGAUGAUCGAUUCCUUGUGGAAGCUUAAUGUUGCUGAUAUUGAAGCCACCUUGUCCCGUGUUUGUCUGAUGGUGCUUCAAGAAAACAAUGUCAAAAAGGAGGAACUCCGUGCUCGAGCCAAAGGUCUGAAAGUUCUGGGGAAAAUAUUUCAGAGGGUUAAACUUAAUAAUGGAAGUGAAUCAUCAUUGACUGGCGGCGCAGCUCAUAACAAAUUAGGUGGAGCUGAUAGAUCCAACGACGGCAGUUCUCCAGACACAUCCCCAAAAUCCACUACUGAGCAAACAUCAUAUGCUAGCUCCGCAGCUACCCAGAGUCCAUACGUGGUGGAAGCUCCUCAAUUUACGGGUGCUAACUACAAUUUCCCCAUGCCUACUGCACCACCUGGUGCGCAAAGACAUGUUUGAUCAUCAUAGUUUGGAGCAACAAGUUCUUAUCUCGUACCACUCAUGGACGUUGCUGCUUGCAUUAUUUGUAGUUUCUGAACCGGGUUAUCAGUUUCUUGCAUAAUCAAAAUGCAAUUUUAUGUAUUAAGGAGUGGGCCUUGACGGGGUCAUUAGGUCAUGCUCACGCAUCCGGUGUUUUGUCUGGAAAGAGUUGGUUCUUCAUACAUGUUUCAUAAUUUAGGCCAGCAGCUGCCAGUUUGACCUUGUAUAUGUUAAAGUUGUGUUUGUAUCAAUUAUUUGGGCCGGCAUUUUACAUCCGAGUUGCUAUUUCA